AUGCCCUUCAUAAGCCUAGUACGAGAUGCUGCUAAGGUCAGAGAGUCAACUUUGGUUGUCCAUGAUCGCUUUCUCAUAAAGAGUUUGUCUGUUAGAAAAGAACACAUUCAGGAUGUAUCAGUUAAUCUGCUGUCUCAAUUGAGAGUGAGAUUUCUACAGGUGCAGAUCCUGUGGAAAUCAUCUUGUCUAGUUUCUCUUUUGCUCUCUGUGAAUGGUGAUCCACCUUUAUCUCUUGUGAAUGAUCCCGCUUCAGUAGAUUUUGUUCGCUCUUUGUACCAAAGCGUUGUCAAGGAGUGGAUUGUUGAUUUACUAUCCUAUGCUCCAUGCACCACCCAAGGAACAUGGAAAACGGAUUGUUGGAAGGGUAAAAAAACUGUCAACAUUCUUGCAGUAAUGGCAUCUGCAGCUACUGCAUCAGCCUCCAAGAUCACCAUUCCAACUGAAUAUUGUCCAGACAAUCUUCAUCCCACAAAACUCUUGCUUGACCUGGGAAACUUGAUAAUCCGUACUCAGGAUGAUGAUGAUGAUGAUGAUGAUGAUGAUGAUGACGUUUCUCACAAGAAGGAUAUUUAUCUCCAAUUCGGUGUAGUAUUAAGUGUUGUAUCUUCUUUUUUUGUUGAUGGUGACUAUCAUUGGAGUCAACGUUCAUUGACAGGAGGAUCUAGCGGUUCUUCGCAGUCUAGUAUCGGAGAGGAUAAUGAUAACGAAGGUCUUGCCCACCCUUGGGAUCAAGCUGACUUUGAGGGUUGGUUAGAUGUUCUUAAUUGGAAGGGUGUGGGAAAUAGGGCAGCUGUUUGGCAAAGGAGAUAUUUCUUAAUCGGAAAGGGCUAA